ACUCUCACUCUGUCAACGAGAGGAGGGGGAGACGUGUAAACAUUGGGGUUGUGUCAUUUUGCCUGCUGCCAAUCAGAGCGGCUCCCGUUUGGGACCCCUCCCCUGCUUCAGAUAGAUUUAUAGGGGGCUCCUGCUCCUCUCCAGUGUCGCUUCAGCCUCUCAAAGUCUGAGUAGUACGGGGGUCCACACGACUGCAGGAUUAUGGCACCAUCAAAGAAGGGAAUCUUGGAGCGCCUCGACGCCGGGGAGGUGGUGAUCGGCGAUGGAGGCUUCGUGUUCGCCCUGGAGAAGAGGGGCUACGUGAAGGCCGGCCCGUGGACGCCGGAAGCCGCCGCGGAGCACCCGGAAGCAGUGCGGCAGCUGCACAGGGAGUUCCUGAGGGCCGGGGCCAACGUCAUGCAGACCUUCACCUUCUACGCCAGCGACGACAAACUGGAGAACAGGGGCAACAAGCUCACCUUCACUGGAGCUCAGAUCAACGAGGCCGCCUGCGAUUUGGCCCGGGAGGUCGCCAACGAGGGCGACGCUCUGGUUGCCGGAGGAGUGUGUCAGACUCCGUCCUACCUGAGCUGCAAGAGUGAGACGGAGGUGAAAGGCAUCCUGAAGAAACAGCUUGACGUGUUCAUGAAGAAAAACGUGGACUUCCUGAUUGCAGAGUACUUUGAGCAUGUUGAGGAGGCCGUGUGGGCCGUGGAGGUGCUGAAGGAGACCGGGAAGCCUGUGGCUGCUUCCAUGUGCAUCGGACCGGAGGGAGACAUGCACGGCGUGCCACCUGCAGAGUGUGCCGUCCGGCUGGUCAAAGCCGGUGCCCAGAUUGUUGGCGUCAACUGCCACUUUGACCCCAUGACCUGUGUGAAAGCUGUCAAGAUGAUGAAGGAGGGAGUGGAGAAGGCCGGACUGAAGGCUCAUUACAUGGUGCAGCCCCUGGCAUACCACACCCCCGACUGCAACUGUCAGGGUUUCAUCGACCUGCCAGAAUUCCCCUUUGGUCUGGAGCCCAGGAUCCUGUCGCGGUGGGACAUGCACAAGUACGCCAGAGAGGCCUUCAACGCUGGCAUCCUCUUCAUCGGCGGCUGCUGUGGAUUCGAGCCGUACCACAUCAGGGCGGUGGCAGAGGAGCUGGCCGCCGAGAGGGGCGUCCUCCCUGCUGCGUCAGAGAAGCACGGCAACUGGGGUGCCGGUCUGGAGAUGCACACCAAGCCCUGGGUCAGAGCCAGAGCCCGCCGUGACUACUGGGAGAACCUGAAGCCAGCCUCUGGUCGCCCCCUGUGUCCCUCCAUGUCUUGCCCAGACAGCUGGGGUGUCACCAAGGGCCACAAUGAUCUCAUGCAGCAGAAGGAGGCCACCUCUCAUGACCAACUCAAGCAGCUGUUCGACAGGUCAAAGACCCACUGAGUCUCAGCCACGCAGCUGGCAAGAAGGCCUGGGUUCAAACCCCAGUCGGGUGCAGCUGCCGACGCUAUAGCAGAAUGCACUAUAUGCGCAGUAUCAAGUUAAGAAUCGGCCCAUGUUUAUAUUGGAAUCAGUUUUGUUUUUCAUGACUCUGGACAACUUUGUUUAAUAAAUGGAGGUCUAAUUAAAUUGUAAUUGUUCA